AGUGACGCGCCUUUAUAAAAGCUCCGAGCUUGGCAACUCCCUUACUGUACACUGACUGCUGCUGCUGAUUUAAACAUCUUGGAGCUACUUCCUUACAGAGAUGUUUCGGCGUGCGUGCCUGCUGCUUGCAGCGCUUUGCACGCAGUGGCAAGUGAAUGCCCAAUUUCUGAGCAGGGCGAGCCUUGAACAGGCUGUGAACGCCGCCAUCACUAAGGUGGACUCGGCAUAUGAAUAUUCAAGACAAGAAUGCCUUGAUCGUGUCAGACGCAAUGCAGGCAGACCUCAGGAUGUGUUGCGCUUUUUCAAGCAACCUAUGGGAAUCACUCGCGAGGUGGCCCGAUCUGCUGAUUACAUGGACGCCACACUGAAUAUCAUCAAAAGGUCGGCAGAAAGACGUCAAAGACGUUCCAUCAAUGCCACAGAUUUGCUGUCUGAGGAAGAUCUGGAGUUCAUUGCAGAACUGACAGGCUGCUCACCUCGACAGCGCGUGCCCUCUUGCAAGACAACUCCCAAUCUGAACGUCUUUCGUACCAUAAGUGGCGUCUGUAACAACGAGCACAAUCCUCGAUGGGGAGCCUCUAACAUACCAUUCGUACGCUGGCUACCUGCUGAGUACCAGGACGGAAUCUCGGUGCCCCGAGGAUGGGACCCGAUUAAAAUCAAUGGCUUCCUUCUUCCUUUGGUAAGAGAAGUGUCCAAUCGUAUCCUGACCACACCCAACAGCGAUGUAGUGAGCGACUCAGUCUUUACUCAUCUGUUGCCCUCCUUUGGACAAUGGACAGACCACGACCAGACCUUAGCGCCACAUUCCCCGGUAAUCCGUUCAUUCAGCAACGGUCUGGAUUGCGACGAGAGCUGUGAGCGCACCGAGCCUUGCUUCCCUAUUUUGAUUCCCAAGGAUGGCCCGCGCUUUGGCAAGCAGGAGUGCAUCCCUUUUUUCCGAUCAACGGCAACAUGUGGAUCCGGCCCCACAGGGGCCAUCUUUGGCGGUGCCACUGUGCGGCAACAGCUGAAUUCCCUCACGUCCUACAUUGACGCAAGUCAGGUGUACGGCUCAGAUGACGAAAAAGCUCUGGAGCUUCGUGACCUCACCACAGAUCUGGGCUUGUUGAGGGUUAAUGAAGAGUUUAGUGACAAAGGCAGAGAACUGCUACCCUUUACCAAGAUGAUGGCCAAUGUGUGUGCAACCCGAGCUCGCAUCACCAAUGACAAAAAUGCCAAGGAAGUGCUUUGCUUUUUGGCAGGUGAUGAACGUUCCAACGAGAACAUUAUUUUGACUUCGCUGCACACACUCUUUUUACGUGAGCACAACCGUCUGGCUCGAGCCCUGGCGAAAUUAAAUCCUGACUGGAAUGGAGAGAGACUGUACCAGGAAGCCCGCAAGAUUUUGGGAGCCUAUCUCCAGAUUAUUACAUUCAGAGACUACAUCGGCUAUAUUGUUGGUCCUGAAGUUUUAGCCAAGCAGCUCUCCACCUACCCUGGCUAUGAUAAAUUCAUCGACGCCACAAUUUCCAACGUAUAUGCAACAGCUGCCUAUCGAUAUGGCCACUCGAUGAUUCAGCCAUUUGUUUUCCGUCUCGAUGCGUCUUAUGAGGAUCACCCAUUGUACCCCUCACCAUUGCUGCACACAGCCUUGAACACACCAUGGAGGAUUGUCUUUGAAGGUGGUAUAGACCCAAUCUUGAGGGGCCUUGUGGGUCGGCAGGCCAAGUUGAACGUUCAGGAUGCCAUCAUUACUGAUCAGCUGAGAGAUUUGCUGUUUAGAUUCUCUUUUGAGAUGGCACUGGAUCUGGCCUCUCUCAAUAUGCAGCGUGGACGUGACCACGGACUCCCUGGAUAUAACCAAUGGCGCAAGUUCUGCGGUCUGUCACAACCAAGAAAUCUGGAGGAGCUGGCUGAAGUGCUGAAAAAUAAGGAAUUGGCGAUAAAGAUUCUGGAUUUGUACGGCACACCUGAUAACAUUGAUCCAUGGCUCGGAGGAAUUACGGAGCCUCUGGUGAAAGGAGGAAGAGUUGGACCCUUGUUUGCCUGCCUGAUUGGAAUUCAAUUCCGCAAAGCUAGAGAGGGAGACAGAUUUUGGUGGGAGAAUGAUGGAGUAUUCACAAAGGCCCAGAGAGCAUCUCUGUUGACGACGUCAAUGUCUCGCAUUAUCUGUGACAACACUGGUAUCACAGAAAUUCCAAACCAACCGUUCCUGUUCCGGCCACGGGGUGAUGGUUACACUGACUGCCGUUACAUCCCGGAGUUUGACCUCACUCCAUGGAAAGACACCCCGUAUGGAUUUCCUGACUCCAAACCAGACACCAAGCCCACUCCAGCUCCCUGGUCAGCAUGGGCGGCCUGGUCACCCUGGUCAGGCAUGACACCUGGAGGAUAUGGCCAUCAAGGACCUGCAGGAUAUGGACAUCCUGGACCUGCAGGAUAUGGACAACCCGGACUCCCUGGACCCCCAGGACCUCCAGGAGCCCCAGGGUCCUUUAGCGCUGAGAAAAUGGCUUUCUCUGUACGGCUGAGCAAUAAUUUCCCCAGACCCGGUAUUCCUAUCCCCUUCCAAGAGGUCAUCUAUAAUGGGCAGAACAGCUAUGACAUCAACACAGGCAUAUUUACUUGCAUGUAUCCAGGAGUGUAUGAAUUUCAGUUCUCCUGCACCAUCUUUGAGCAUGCGGCGAGUGUGGAUCUGAUGCGUAAUGGAGAAGUAAUUUUGCACUCAUUCACCACCAAGCAGGAAGGUUACAUCUCAGCCAGUGGAAGCACAUACAUUAAGCUGAAAAAGGGAGACAAAGUAUGGCUUGUAGCUAACUUUGGUGGCAAUGGUCUGACAAGAGACAGCUACUUCAGUGGGCAUUUGCUCUUUUCUGAGGACUAAUCACUAGUACAAAACAUCUUGAAGAAUAGUUACAAAUGGAAACGCUCAUGUGCUAACGUUUGGUCCUGUUCAAUACAAACGCAAAAAUACUGUUGCAUCUGCAUUGACCCCCUUUUUUUAAAGUUUGGUUUAAUUUCACGGAUAGCUAGCUAGCUAGCUAGCCAGAUAGAUAGAUAGAUAGAUAGAUAGAUAGAUAGAUACUACAUUCAUCCAGGGCGUGUACAAAUGUUGCGCUUGUUUGGUGUGUGUGUGUGUGUGUGUGUGUGUGUGUGUGUGUGUGUGUGUGUGUGUGUGUGUGUGCGUGUGCGUGUGUGCGUGUAUACAUAUAUGUCUAUAUAUCUUACAGCUGCAUAUUACUUGUGCUAUGUGAUAUUGUGUUCUCCUUCUUUGAAAAUAAUUCAUCAUUUAAAAAUAUUUUCCUUUUCCCCUCUUCCGAAACAAUGACUUCCCACAUGUCACAGGAUAUUUUUGACAGGAGCACAACUGAAUCAUCUUAAGCGAAAAGCUAUUCUUUUCUGCUUUGUUGCCAUAAUUAAAUUGAAUAUGCCAAUAAAUAUAUGAAUACAG